AUGAUGUCCUCUAACAUAUUAUCACGGUUCCUACCCCCAACGGGCUCACCAUCGGUCUACGAGACCAUUCGCCAACAUGACGCCGGGUCUGAAUACUCCGAUCUCGAAGAACGUGCAGGCUUGGUCAUAGAAGACCAGCAGGAACAAUUUAGUGACCGGGAACUGGAGGAUGCACUAGCGGAUGCGCAGGACAGUGAAAUAAUCAGCCCCAUACUCGAAGCACGGUCGGGCAAGGCACCUGAAGAGCGAGCUUCUCCAUCUGGCACCCGCCGUCGCAAGUCGUCCCGGCCUCGAUGGAUGGCACAAGAAUCACCACUCGGCUAUGAGCUCGAUGAUCAUGAUGAAGAUGUCCCUCAAUCUCUGCUGGUAGAAGGCCAUCACGAAGAUCUGAAAUCACGGUUACCUCCUCCUCCCCGGUCUCAUGAUCGUUCGGAUCGUCGAAGAACCCCCAGUCCUGGACCAUCCUCACAACCUACCGUAACCCGCUGGAAUGAACGAGGAGCCCAUCAACCACCACCCAGUGAAAGCGGUCAUCCAAUAGGGAGAUGGUUCACUGGCCAACACCCUGGUCUUGCCAAUGUUGACCCCAAGAAGAAAGCAAUGUGGCGGUGGGCAAACGUCGAGGAUCUGGAUAACUUCUUAAAGGAUGUCUACAUAUACUUCUUAGGGAACGGAAUUUGGUCUAUCCUGCUGACCCGGGUGCUGAACCUCUUAACAUUUGCAUUCGUUGUUGGUUUCUCUACGUUUUUAACCAACUGCAUUGAUUACUCUAAGGUCCGGCGGAGCAAGACUCUGAAUGAUAUCCUCGUACCCCAAUGCACAGCGAAUAUGUCCGGGUCAUCCACAUUUCUGUUGUGGCUUUUCAGCUUCUUCUGGAUUGGGAAGCUUUUUCAGUACCUGCUAGACAUUCGCAGGCUCAAACACCUGCAUGACUUCUAUCUCUACCUGCUCGGCGUUUCAGAUACCGAGGUCCAGACGAUUUCCUGGCAAGAAGUGGUCAGCCGACUGAUGGCGUUGAGAGACUCGAAUCCAUCUACCGCGGCGGCGGUUUCUGCCAAGCAUCGAAGAUUCCUGGGCAGCCAGUCAAAGCAGCGAAUGGACGCUCACGACAUUGCCAACCGUCUAAUGCGCAAGGAGAACUACAUGAUCGCAUUGGUAAACAAGGAUAUUUUGGACCUCACUCUUCCUAUUCCAUUCCUCAAAAAUCGACAGCUCUUCUCCCGAACCAUGGAAUGGAAUCUCAAUCUUUGUGUCAUGGACUAUGUCUUUAAUGAGCAAGGCCAACUGCGAACCCUGUUCCUCAAGGACACGCAUCGAAGAGCGCUGAGUGAUGGCUUACGUCGGCGCUUUAUUUUCGCUGGCGUCAUGAAUAUUUUCGUAGCGCCCUUUAUUGUGGUCUAUUUUAUGAUGCACUACUUCUUCCGGUACUUCAACGAGUUCAAGAAGAAUCCGGGCCAAAUCGGUUCCCGCCAAUAUACACCUAUGGCAGAAUGGAAAUUCCGCGAGUUCAAUGAGCUUUGGCAUCUCUUUGAGCGUCGGAUCAACAUGUCUUAUCCAUUCGCCAGUCGCUAUGUUGACCAAUUUCCCAAGGACAAGACCGUUCAAGUGGCACGUUUCGUUGCUUUUAUCUCUGGGGCUCUUGCCUCAGUGUUGGCUCUUGCCUCAGUGAUAGAUCCAGAACUCUUCCUUGGGUUUGAAAUUACCCCUGACCGGACUGUGCUAUUCUAUCUUGGUAUUUUUGGUACAGUCUGGGCUUUUGCGCGAGGGCUGGCACCCGAAGAGACCGAUGUUUUCGACCCCGAGUAUGCACUCCUCGAGCUGAUCGAUUUUACUCAUUACUUCCCGUCCGGAUGGAAGGGCCGUUUGCAUAGCGACGACGUGCGGAAAGAAUUCGCAAUCCUCUAUCAAAUGAAAAUUGUGAUAUUCUUAGAAGAGAUCUUGAGCAUGAUUUUCACUCCUUUCGUCCUGUGGUUCAGCUUGCCCAAGUGCAGUGACCGCCUCAUUGACUUCUUCCGGGAGUUCACCGUGCACGUUGACGGUGUAGGCUAUCUCUGCUCUUUUGCCGUCUUCGACUUCAAGAAGGGCACAAAUGUGCUCUCCCAAGCCGGACCCGCGCGCCGGGACCCUGGCAAACAGGAUCUGCGCACUGAUUAUUUCUCAACUAAAGACGGCAAGAUGCUAGCUUCCUACUAUGGCUUCUUGGACAACUACGGUACCACCAAUCAACCUACCAGCCGGCGACCAUUCCACCCACCGCCAACCUUGCCAACCCUCGGCUCGCCCGCUGCAGCCGAGUUCGGUGCUUUUCCUGAUCGCCCUGACCAUCUCCAGACACGCACCGGGCCGGCCUCCGGUGUGCCAUUCGGUCCUCAAUCAAUUAUGGGCGCUUCUAAACUUAGGCAAAUGGGAGGAUUCGAUCACCGCUCUCCUGCCCCCUCCAUCCUCCUCGACCCGCACCACCAACCCUCGACCACUGGGUUCCGCGCCGCAGCCCGAACCACCCCCCAUCAGCACCAGCGCUCCCGGCUCGGACGCUCCCAGCACCCGUCUACGGAUACCAUCGACGACGAGGAAGAACCACUAUCCCAAGAUGGCCAUGAUUCGGCAACACGGCAGUCGGGUGCUCGUACUGGUACUUCCAGUGCAGGUGCAGGCACUAACGACAGCAACCUCGGCGAUUCUUGGCGCAUGAACCCACUCAGCAAGGAUGAGGAUAAUCCCGAUGAGGGCGAUGAAGGCGAAAAUAUCGACGCCAUCGCUAGCGGGGGUGGUGUUUUGGGCUUAAUUCAGCAAUUCCAGAAAGCUAACACCCAAGGCAGACGGACAAAUGUGGGGAUCUAG